GGCUGUAAUGGGCGGUGAUAUAGUCUGGCGUUAGACAAGCACCACUAGCACUAGAAGGGCUGUACGUACAGCACGGUGACAGAACGUCAUGGUGCUGGCUCUGCCCUAGUAAGUUUUGUGUGUAGUGUAUGUAACACAGGACAUGAAUUCGAACGAUGACACUUAAGUGAUUUUGGAGUUAUAUAUAUUGUUCGGAGUCGUGAGUGCUAUGGCUAUUGAAGGCGGUACAUUCCGGACGUCGGGACGGUUACGGUCCGGAUUUUACCCUGUACUUAUCGUCGUAGUGCUUUCACUUCAGCUGGCGUCACAAGUUGACGGGACGGGUUGUCCACAGUACGUGAAAACCGCCGCAUCCAACUGUUUUGGUGAUUAUCGAACUCAGCUUCAUAGCCUUCAGGAGAGUGACCACGCCCUCUUUUCUGGGGUCAACGUCGAGUUACUUCGCUCGUUCUGCACGACGUACAACAAUGCUCUCAAGUGUGUACAACAAUUGUUUGACGACUGCCCACCGGAAGCAGAUGGACAAAUCACCGAAUCGCUUAAAAAUCAAGAUGCUUACGGCGCUCAUGAAGAAUUGACACAACUCUGUCGCAACGACAACAUAUACGAAGUUUAUGCAAGAAACCAAAAUUGUCUACAAGCCGUGGGCAGCAAUUCUGAGACAUGUUUUGAGAAUAUCAUGCACACGACAGUUCGAUUGAUGCAACGGAUAGACUCACUCCCACUCCAGGAGUUAUGUGGGGACAUCAAAGAGCUGAUUAAGUGUAUCAAGACAGGAGUCCGGACGAAGUGUUCCGAGGAAGCUGCCAAAAUUGUGGAGAUUCUGGUUAAACCCAUGGUGCGACGGUCCACACAGUGUGACUAUUCCAUACCUUCCACCACGAAGAAAACUAUAGAGACGCACGUGACAAGAGCGCCUACUCGUGAUAAAACUGAACAAUAUGUGUCUGGGGACAAUGGAGCGGCGGGUAUCCAGUGCCAUUGGUUAUUACUACUAGUAUUAGCUCUUCUUGCUCUAUGACAGGAAGGAAUAUAUUGUUACUGACAUUAGAUAUCAUUGAAAGUGUUAAGACUGCAGACAAACAUCAGAUACCGCGAACAGUGGAUCACGUGGUGGUCAUGCGUCAUCUGUCAUGGCCAGACUAUACGAUGGUGGCCAGACAACACAAUCACUGUGUUUACAAAUGAUCACCACUUCCACAGUUCACACACGCACAUCGUUUGAUAUUUUUUUCGAGUUAUAAAAAAGAAUACCCAGACCAGGCUUAAUGGGUUGUUCUAAAACAGAAUCUCAUCUAACACCACUCAGGGGCCAACGCUAUUUCCGGUUCUGGUUUCGGCGAUAGCUGUUCAGUUUUCUGACGGUAACGUAGGUACAAAAUGUAUCUACGAUUUCUAUCGGUGACAUCAGUAGUACAGAAACCUAUAUAUAGUCACCAGUAAUUAAUUUAUUAAAUGAGAAGAAAUCAAAGUUAAUGAUAAUUGGGACUGGUAAUUACACGUUGAUAGAUCUUGUUUUAAAUAAAUCUUGUGGUAUUUAGUGCUAGGAAUGAUAUGUUUGACAUUUAUAACAUGCAGCUAAUUACUAACAUGUUUGACGUCAAUAGACGUCUCUAAUCUUUCUUUCUAAGAUUUAAGUUUCAUUAUUACGUUUUCUUCAUGGACAUCGUUUCCUGUUCCGGAGAUGAGGACAAUGCACUCUGUUCGAGCGCAUUGCAUAUUGUCUCGCGUUCGGACAUGGUUAAAUGGACAUAGUCUCCUCUUCGGGCGUUGUUCAAUGUUCGGACGUGGUGGAUACAGUCCCAGGUGGACCUUGCUUCACGUUCGAAUCUGGUUAACACUGUCCCAUGUUUGGACGUGCCGCAUUUUGCGAUUAGUUAGAUAUGUUUCCUUGGUUCUUUUGUCCACAUUGUGAUAAGAUUACACACUGUCACUAGACGUAGCUGACUUCUGCCUUUGUUAUAUGUGGUCCACCCGGCAUUGGUGGGCAUGACGUGGUUGCGUAAGAUUGCAAACAUGUUGGUGUGGCAGAGUGACGUGAGCGAGUGACCAUGGCAGAUGCAAUAAGUGUGCAAUGGGCUUUUUGGAUAUAGUGAAAAAUGGCGUAGUUUAUAACUGUUGUCGUUUCGAACAAGGAGUGUGAGUGGGGCGUGUGGAAGGUGAAACAGGGCGUGUGGAAGGUGGAACGGGGCGUGUGGAAUGUGAAUCAGGGCGUGUGGAAGGUGGAACAGGGCGUGUGGAAGGUGGAACAGGGCGUGUGGAAGGUGGAACAGGGCGUGUGGAUUGUAAAGCCGGGUGUGGGAGUUUGUCAGUUUAGUAGAUUCAAUGAGCACAUGAUGCUGUUAUUGAUAAUAUAUAUAUUUGUUAUCCGAGAAUUUGUUAUGUACAUAUGUAAAUAUAAUUUAUGUACAAUAAAUCUAUGUGUCCAAUCAUA